AUGCAAAACUUCAACCAACCUUCAAACCUGCGAAUCGGCCAUCUCAACAUUCGUGGGCUCGAGCGCCACAUCGAUGGCGUUAAACUAGUUUUGGACAAGCAACAAUACCACUUUUUCGGUGUAACCGAAACGAAGAUGAGAGCAAGUGCCCCCACCGGACCUGUGAAAGUACCCGGAUACAACUUCAUCAAGCAUUCCCUACCAUCGGCCAAUUCUAUUUCGGAUCACGACAUUGUCUACCUCAUCUGCGAUGUGCGUGUGCAGAAACCUGUACCUCAUCGCAUAUCAUUCCGAAAACUCCGUAGCAUCGAUCCGGUCCGGCUGCAAGCCGAUUUCCAAACACUCGACCUUCAACGCGUCUUUGACUGCAAUGAUGUCAAUGCCAAGGCGCGAAUAGCAACGGAAAUGCUACAAGAUCUGCUAGAAACACACGCCCCCGAACGCCACGUUACAGUUCAAGACAAAAGAACUCCUUGGAUCAACAGACCAAUCGAGCAAGCUACUGCGGCAAGAGACCUAGCAUACAAACUCUACUCGCGUAACCCGAACAGGCGGCGCGGCGACCCGCAAUGGAACGAAUAUUGUCGAUUACGCGAUAGGGCCAACUCGCUGAUCUUCGCUGCCAAAAAGAAGUACUCGGAUAGGAAUUUCUCCGUCGAUCUCCCCGCGAAAACCCUGUGGAGUAACCUGCGCAGAGAUGGCAUCCAUAACAACAACAAGAAAAAUUCCCCUGAUGAUAUGACAGAUGCUGAUCUACUGAACCAGUUUUUCACGGAGGGACAUCUCGAGCUACAAAACGGAGGGAUUGAGGAUAACCAGACAGUUCAGCAGAGAAUUCCAGAGAGAGACGAAACGUUCGCGUUUCAUCAUACAAACGCCGCCGAAGCAGCACUCUACAUGUCGGAGAUCACAUCGAACGCGACUGGCUCGGAUGGAUUACCUAUAUCCUUUCUAAAGAUGCUUAGCCCAUUCAUUCUGCCCCUGCUAGUCCAUUUGUUUAAUUCGAUUAUCAGGUCACAGACAUUCCCUGAUAUAUGGAAAAAAGCAAUCGUAACUCCUAUUCCGAAAAAAUCAAACCCUGUCGAGCCGAAAGACUUCCGCCCCAUCAGCGUCCUCCCGGCGAUGUCAAAGAUCCUUGAAAAGAUUUUACUAGCACAGAUCAACACGCACCUUGCUACCGAGCCAUUCUUCGCUAAGCACCAAUCAGGAUACAGAAGAAGCCACAGUACAACAACUGCACUUGCCAAAGUCACCCAUGAUGUGUACAGAAAUCUGGACAACGGGUACUGUACGGUUAUGGUACUCAUAGACUUCUCCCUGGCGUUUAACUGUGUCCAGCAUCGACUUCUCCAAACCAAGCUUUCCGAGGAGUUCAAGUUUUCCGAUGAUGUACAGAUCUACAUCUCGGGUCCAAUCGAAGACAUUAACAAUUUGAUCAACAGACUCAACCAAAAUCUGUCCAUUAUUGAGCAAUGGGCCCGUGCAAAUGGUCUUCACCCUAACCCCAAGAAGACGCAAUCAAUAAUUUUCAGCAAAUCUAGGAUCGAAACAGCCAACCUAGCCGAAAUCACUUUCUGUGGUGAAAAUAUCCCGUUUAGUUCCAAAGUCGUCAAUCUAGGACUAACAAUGGACAACCGCCUGGAAUGGACUGAGCAUGUCAACGAAACGAUCAUGAAAGUCUUCAACGUUCUUCGGACUUUCCGUCGCUUCACCCCUGUCCUAUGUACCGAAGUUCGGCUAAAGCUGGUACGUGCCGUCAUCAUGCCGAUGUUCACAUAUUGCGAUGUUGUCUACUUCCCGGGAAUCUCGGCAGCACUCAAGGAACGUCUCCAUAAAUGCUUCAAAGCCUGUCUCAGCAGCAGCACCGGACGAACUCCCAGCCGAAUAGUGGAGAUUGGUCGACGAAGCACUACCGGAACCGCCUACACCCUGAUGAUGGCUGCCGGAAGAGCGUGA